UGCUGCGCUAACUUGUCCUCAAAUACUCCUCAAGGGAUAUCUCAUUGCUUUGCUUUCACCAACAUAUCUUUCCCUCCUCUGCUUGCUCUCUGUUCCACCAGGAUUGAACUCGGGAACAUACCUCUAUCGCUUUCUGUACACUCAGACUUGCUUGAUUCAUGAAGUUAAAUAACCCACUUCCCCAACCUCUGCCAAAGGAAUGCAAUAAAGCGGCGAAGAUAUGCAGAUCAUUCGUCGAUAGUGGAAACAACGGACUCGAUGGGGUCAUCCCAAAACAGAUCUUGGAGAACGCUCGUGGAUUCGCUAUAUUUUCGAUCUUUAAGGCCGGGUUCUUGUUCUCUGCCAGAGCUGGGAGUGGUGUCGUGAUCGCAAGGCUAGACGAUGGUACAUGGUCAGCACCAAGUGCCAUUGGACUUGCUGGUGUCGGUGUUGGCGGUCAAGCUGGCGCAGAAAUCACCGACUUUCUCAUCGUUCUCAACUCCAAAUCAGCUAUCCGACAAUUCAUGGCUGCAGGAUCACUCACACUUGGUGGUAACAUGAGUCUCGCUGUCGGACCAUUAGGUCGCAAUGGUGAAGCCUCAGGCGCAGUGAACUCCAGCGGUAAAGUCGCUGCAAUGUAUUCUUACUCCAAAACCCGCGGCCUCUUUGGUGGACUCUCCCUCGAAGGCUCCGUCAUCGUCGAACGUCAAGACGCGAACGCCCAAGCCUACCACUCCGACGUCACAGCCAAACAACUCCUCUCCGGCUCCGUAACACCACCAGAAUGGGCGUCCACACUCACUCGCACCUUGGAUGCCUGCACCGGCCCAGUUUACAGGAAUUGGGUGGAUGAGGGUCCAGGGGAAGUAGUGACGCCGCUGGAGAGCCCGUAUGCGUUUAAUGGGAUCUCGAGCCCGGCGGGUGAGAGACCGUCGAGUGGAAUGGGUUCGAGAGGGAUGAGUGGGUCCGGGAAGGGAACGGGAGCAGGCAUGGGGAAGAAGGCAGCGGAAGCGUUCCCGCCUCCGAGUUGGGGGAGGAGAAAGAGCGGAGGGAGUUAUUUUUCGCAAGCAGGCGCUACACAUGGUGAGGCAUACGACGACCACGACGACAUUAAUGGCCUCUCGGGUGCGAUGGGGAAGACCAGCCUUUCCGGUGGUACACGGACGAGAGGUACUUACGACAAUGGGCUCGGGUCGGCAAACUCGGAUUCGUGGGAUUACGACAGACCACCGAAAAUAUCCGCAGAAGACGAUUCCUCGACAUCCCGCUUCGGAGAACAUUUCGAGUCAGAUUUCACCCCACCGGCGACACAGGUUGGCAGGAGUUCAUACACGGGGAGUACGAACUCUAGUGGUGGUGGUGGUGGUAGUACGAAGCAGAGGUUCGCAGAUUGGCAGCCUGAGCAUCAUCCACAGUCGAAAUCCAUGGGAGCCUUCGAGAAGAGAACGUUUUCACCAUCACCGACAUCUUCAUCAGGGAUUAAUCGACAGAGAUCCUCGAGUAAUCCGUACGGUGCACCGCAGUCGAAGCUUGCUCAGCGUUCGCCGCUAUACGACGAGUCGGCAGGCAGUGCUUUGGGUACAGGCGGCUCUAUUGGGGGCCGAUCAUCGAGUUAUGGAGGGAGUGCGAAUGGAAGGAAGAAGCCUGAGUUCGAUGGGUUUAGGGACGACGAUGAGAUUGAUGACCCUUUCUCGUCGCCGAGUAGGGACGAUGAUUGGGGUAGUGGAGGUGGGAAGAAGAAGAUUGAGCCGAACAGGGAGUUAAUGAAGCCUUUGGCCAGAGACGAGGGUGUGGCAAGGGCGAUUGCGUUGUUCGAUUUCAAGGCUGUCGAGGCGGGAGACCUUUCAUUCAAGAAAGGACAGGUCAUCACGAUUACGGAGAAGAGUGAUACUACCGAUACGUGGUGGAAGGGAAAGGUGGAUGGAAGGCAAGGUUCCUUCCCUGCAAACUUUGUCGAGCUGGUAUAACGCACCGCGAACGGCCUUUAAGUUCCCCGAACCCAACACAUUGACAGACGGACUCCUUUUCUUCUUCUUUUUCUCUCCCCUUCGGAUAAUAUUCAUUCUGAAUGGGGCAAGCAUUCACACAGCAUUUUCUCUGUUUUCUUCAUGUAUUGUUCUCCUUUCCUUCUUUCAUAAUUGUAUAGCGGAACAAGUUGCGAUCGGGUGUACGGUCACGGUCCUGGCGUCCCAGGCAUAGUGACCGUAUCAUAGUGUAUUGCCUGGGCAGAGUCGCAUGUAAAAUUUCUCAUUGCUGUAUUAUCGGUUGUGUAGUUGGUGUAUAUCAUGUAUACUCUGUGGUAUUUUGGUUGUCUCGAUUCAUUCCAGUCAUUGGCCUUCAUGGUUGGGCCACAUUUACAUACUUA